AUGAUGGAGGGUGACUAUGGGAUAGAUCCCUUCUCUAGUGAGGAUUUAUGGAGGCUCUCCAGGUUUACCCUGCAAUCGCUGCAGCCAUUAGAACCUUUACCGUGGAACGAGGAGUUAUCUGAUCUGACAGAUGAAUUCUUCAAGAGCCCGGUUGGUCUGUUUAAUAUCGGGGGUGACAAGUUACAUCAGUUGGAUAUCGUGGGAAACGAACUCGUUAGCGAACCUGAACUGUUACUCGAACCUAUCACCGAUUCGUCGAGCGAGAGCCAAUUCGAAGAACAUACUACCGAACCCCACGAUGAUACUUAUAAACUGAAAGAUGAUAUUGGGUUACUCGACCGUCUGAACGGAGAUGUGAGCUACAAGCCGCCGCUACAAUCGUGGGAGACUUAUCACGACCGAUCGCAUAACGAACCGGUUUCCGCAUACUUUAGCGAGUCGGGUGCAAAGAGUUUCGAUGCAGCACUGGCACACCAUUCGGCGAAAGAGAAGGUCAACAUUGCGGGACGGCUGGUUCGAAGCGACGUUUUCUUCCAGGCUUCUAUUCGGCUUGGGCUAGGAUGGAGUUCCGCGUUCUUUCGCUACAACGUGGAGACGAAGAAAUUCGAGAGAGCUUUAGACGAUGUGCGAGUCUCAGGCGUUAGUCUUCCGAUACUCAACCAGAUUACGGACGAGCUACUUCAAUGUGGAACGGACAUGCAACGAAUACGGACCUUUGUUUGCAGCACCUCGAUCAAGAAGGUGAAGCUUUCAGCUUUGUCCACUUUUGCUAGCACUGCAGCCGUGAUUAUUUACACCCUUGAGCGGCAACUAGCAAGUCAAUCGAGCAAUGUGGUGUCAAUACUACAGAUCAAGUCCUUGUUCUCGCAGGGCGGCGAAUUAGUUAACGCUUUAGCGGGCAUGGUCGAUGCAACUGAAAAGGUUUCAUCGGACGCUCAGAUUAUGUCCAUUAUUAUGCAGGAAGCUGCAUAUCUAUCUCAUAGAUUCGGUUGGAUAGAGAAUCUGAUGCGCGAAGUGGUCGUUCGUGUUACUGAACCUUGGCUCGAACAUCUGGAGGCCUGGGUUGGGCUUCGUCCGGAAACGCCUAUGUUGAAUGAAAUGUUAGUGGGUGGUAAGGGAUUUGCGUUGUUGGAACGACAAGAAGAAAACGGACGGGCCAAGACAGGACCUGCGAGUCAGCACUACAAGUACCAGUCUGAUCAAAUGCCAUCUUUUAUCCCCGACGACCAGGCUUUAUUAAUCUUCGAGAGCGGAAGAAGCUUGCGACUCCUCAAGCAAUCUCAUCCGCAACACCCUCUUGCGGAUUAUAUGGUCUGCAACGCUGAGCUUCCGAGACUUCGCUGUGCGGAUUCUUGGACCGACAUCGAGAGGAUACAGAUGAAGGCUCACGAGUAUGAAUCGCUACUUCGCAUGGAGAUACUUAAGUACAACCGCGGCGAGCGUGUUGAUCCAGAAGUUAGCAGAGGUAGCACCUCUGAAACUGCUAGAAGCGACAAUGCCGGCACUCUUGAGGGGAUAUACGAUCUAUAUGAUAUGGAUGAACAACGUACAACCGGACUAUUGACUCACCCUGACUCCCUGCAGAAAGACAAACUCGAUCUCCUGAACUCUGACAUCGGACAAUUCGAAAGCCAUAAUAGAAAGUUUGGACCGGAGAUGGCCUCCUCGCUCUAUCUUUCGUUUGCACCACUCCUUUCAUCGCAGGCUCUACUAAUUGACUUCUCAUGUCUUCAUGUGCUAUUCAAAGAACACAAGCUUAGAAACCAUCUUACGCUUCAAUGGAGGUACCAACUCCUCGGUGAUGGUUUUUUCGUUUCUCGCCUCUCCCACGCUCUAUUCGACCCGGAGAUGGAGAGCGGCGAGCGAAAAUCCGGCGUCGUGCGCAGUGGUGUGCACACUGGUCUUCGUCUUGGAAACCGUGAUACAUGGCCUCCAGCAAGCUCGGAGCUGCGGCUGGUGCUUAUUGGACUUCUCAGUGAAAGCUACAAUGCGGCGGGCGGCUCGAGCAAUAUGGACGAUGCCCAGCAUCACAGAGAAAAGGAACUGCCUGGUGGCUUGAGCUUCGCCAUUCGAGAGCUGACCACUGAAGAUAUAGCCAAAUGCAAGGACCCGAACGCCAUUCAAGCGUUAGAUUUCGUCCGUCUCCAAUACAAACCACCAAGUGUUCUGGAGAUAAUCAUCACCCAACAGUCUCUCGACAAAUACGACCGUCUCUUCAAGCAUCUCCUCCGUCUUCUCCGCAUGGUCUCCGUUGUCAAAUCCAUCGUCCGCGAUUCAACCGCAAGAAACUCCCUCUCAGGAGAUACGCACAACGUAUUCCAAAAAUUCCGCAUCCAUGCGCAACAUUUUGUCCUAGCCGUGAGCGACUACUGCUUCCAUGUCGGCGUCGGGUCCACCUGGAAACGUUUUCAGGAUACCCUCUCUCGAAUUGAAUACUGUCUCGACCGCGGCGACAUCGAUAGCACCAUCGAAGCCGCACACUCAGUCCCUAGACUUCGCGAUUACCAUGAAGACAUCCUCGACGAGAUCAUCUUCGCAUUGUUCCUUAGCAAGCGCCACACGCAAGCGGCCAAAUUGCUCGAGAGCAUUUUCGGCACUAUUCUUGUCUUUGCUCCCAUUUCGAGAAUGGAUGGAGUGAAGGGCGUACGGCAGGAGAGCGAGGCUACUGUUUCUCAUAUAUACAAGACUUUCAGGAAGCAGGCUUCUGCUUUUGUGAAUUAUUUGCGCGGACUAGAUGGAAGUACGGGGUCGGCAAAGUCAGUUGGGAAAGCUGAUGCAACGUUUGCUACACGUUCAGGGCCUACGGGUGUUUUUGAUCAUCUUCUUUCCCGGUUGGAUAUAAAUGGUUAUUAUUGA